AAAGCAGAUGUGAAGUCCCUCAUGGCGAAGUUUAACACAGGGGGCAACCCCACGGAGGAGGUCUCCAUCAACAGCCGGCCCUUCAAGGUCCCGGGACAAAACUCCCCUUCAGGAAUUCAAGCCAAAAAGAACUUGUUCAACAACCAAGGAAAUGCGAGCCCUCCUGCAGGACUGAGCAACUCGCCCAAGUUUGGAUCCCCCAAGCCACCUCUGGGUGUGAAACCUUCUCCUGAGGAAAAGCCUGACAAGGAGCCCAAGCCCCCAUUUCUAAAGCCAACGGGAGUGAGUCCCAGGUUUGGACCACAGGCUAACUCGGCCACCAGAGACUCCGAGGUGAAAGCAGGAUUUCUGAAACCUGUAGGCCCCAAGCCCAUCAACUUACCAAAAGAAGACACCAAACCUGCAUUUCCCUGGCCUCCUGGGACUAAACCUUCGCUUCCCAGUGUAAACCAAGACCAUGACUUAAAACCAGGCCCCAAGCCGGGGUCAAUGCCUCCAGCCCUGGAAAAUGAACCAAAACAAGUGUUGUCAAAAUUGGCUGGGGCAAAAGGCAAGUUUCUGUCAGCCUCACAAGAUCUGGACCCCAAGCCCCUCUUCCCCAAACCUGUCUUUGGCCAGAAGCCACCCAUGAAUACAGAGGAUUCUCAGGAAGAUGAGAGCCCCACCAAGACUGCGGCCGCACAGAGAGGGCCCCUGGCCCCCAUGGCAGCCAAGGCCAAGUCUGGCCCUUUGAAACCAGCCAGGGAAGAGCCAGAGAAUAAAGAUCAUGGAGGUGAGACGUCAGUAUCUCCUUUUCCUGGAGUUGUUCUGAAACCUGCUGCAAACAGAGGGGCCCCUGGAGGCCUCCCAAAAAAUACUGAAGAGAAAAGAGAAGAUAGGAAGAUGGACACUGCUAAGAACAUCUUCCUGAGUAAAAUUACUCAGGAAGAGUCGGCCUCUGGGGCUCCUCCUGGCAGGUUCUUGAAGACCCCUUCGAAGUUGACAUCGACAGGGCCCUGGAGCCAAAGUCAAGACAAGGAAAAGGGGGAUAAGAAUUCAGCGACCCCCAGGCAGAAACCGCUGCCUUCCUUGCUUACCCUGGGACCCCCUCCACCAAAACCCAGCAGACCACCCCACGUUGACCUGUCAAAAUUCCGAAAAGCCACUUCUGGAAACAGUAGCAACAAAGGACCAAUGACUUUCUCAACAACUGCCCUGCCACCACCUCCACCAUCCCAUCCAUCCAGCCAACCACCAUUGCCAGCAUCUCACCCAACACAAUUGCCAGCCCCAAGUCUACCUCCCAGAAACAUUAAACCUCCCUUAGACCUCAAAGGCCCUGUAAAUGAAGAAAAUCAAGAUAGUGUCAUGCACUCUGAUGGUACUGGAAAUCUAGAUGAGGAACAAGAGAGUGAAGGAGAAACAUAUGAAGACAUAGACACAUCCAAAGAAAAAGAGAAGAAAAGAGAAAAGGAGGAAAAGAAGAGAUUAGAGCUGGAGAAAAAAGAACAGAAAGAGAGAGAAAAGAAAGAACAAGAAAUAAAGAAGAAAUUUAAACUAACAGGCCCUAUUCAAGUAAUCCAUCAAGCAAAAGCUUGCUGUGAUGUCAAAGGCGGAAAGAAUGAACUGAGCUUCAAGCAAGGAGAGAAUAUUGAAAUAAUUCGCAUCACAGACAACCCUGAAGGAAAAUGGCUGGGCAGAACAGCCAGGGGGUCAUAUGGCUAUAUUAAAACAACAGCUGUAGAGAUUGACUAUGACUCCUUGAAACAGAAAAAAGGCUGUCUCAGCACUCUUCCAUCGAGACCUUUUGAAGAUGACCAGGAAGUGUAUGAUGACGUUGCAGAGCAGGAAAAUGUUAGCAGCCACAGUCAGAGUGGAAGUGGAGGGAUGUUCCCACCUCCCCCAGAUGAUGAUAUUUAUGAUGGGAUAGAAGAGGAGGAUGCUGCUGAUGGCUCCACGCUACAGGUUGAAGAGAAGAGUAACACCUGGUCCUGGGGGAUUUUGAAGAUGUUAAAGGGAAAAGAUGACAAAAAGAAAAGUAUACGAGAGAAACCUAAAGACUCUGAGUCAGACAAUGAUGAAGGUUCAUCUUUCCCUUCUCCUCCUAAACAAGUGGACAUGGGAGAUGAAGUUUAUGAUGAUGUGGAUGCCUCUGAUUUCCCUCCUCCCCCAAUAGAGAUAAGUCAAGGAGUCAAGACCAAAGCUGAAGAAAAAGACCCUAAGAAGCUAAAAAAGCAAGAAAAAGAAGAAAAAGACUUCAGGAAAAAAUUUAAAUAUGAUGGUGAAAUUAGAGUCCUCUAUUCCACCAAAGUUGCACCCUCCUUAUCUUCUAAAAAGUGGGGCAACAGAGAUCUACAGAUAAAGCCUGGAGAAUCGCUGGAAGUUAUACAAAACACAGAUGAUACAAAAGUUCUCUGCAGGAAUGAAGAAGGAAAAUAUGGUUAUGUCCUCCGGAGCUACUUGGUGGACAAUGAUGGAGAGAUUUAUGAUGAUAUUGCUGAUGGUUACAUCUAUGACAAUGACUAG